ACAAACACGAAGUUUACUGGGAAUAGGUCGAGUUGACUCGACCGUCGACCGGCUGUAGUGUCGCUCGUGUGUACGUUGCCACCCGCGGAGCAACUAUUCUACGAAAAUCGCGAUGUGCCAAUUACUGACUCGGACAUAAUCUAUAGAUGCGACAAUACGACAAAUAACAUAACGAUACAACGAACAGUGUAUAUGAUGGCGGCAAAAAUUCGAUGCGGUGGUGUUAUAUUUUUUUGCAUUUUAUUUGGUGUGCAUACUUUCAAUCUAGAACCAAGGAUUCCAGUGAUAAAAUAUGGGGAGGCGGGCUCUUAUUUUGGAUUUUCGGUUGCUGAACAUCUCACAUUUAACAGCGAUGGAAGUAAAACCAGUUGGUUGUUGGUGGGUGCACCAUUGGGACAAAACUUACAGCCUAACAUCACACAAUCUGGAGCACUGUUUAAAUGUGGUUUAACGCCAGCAGAGUGGGAUUGUCAACAGGUCAUCACCGAUGGAAAGAGCACGAAGUACGGCAAAAUAGUCUCGAACCCAGAAGGCUACAAUCUUACGCAGCCCCAUUCUGAUGAACAGAAGAAAGGACAAUGGCUAGGAGUUUCAGUGCGCAGUCAAGGUCCAGGGAAGAAGGCAGUCGUUUGUGCUCACAGGUACAUUCGGAAGGUUCUUGAAGCACAAUAUGGGCAAGGUCUAUGUUAUACGUUAUCUAAUGAGCUCAAAUUAAUAGACGCGUGGGAGCCAUGUCGAGGCAGAUCUGUUGCAAGGGAACACGAAGAAUUUGGGUUUUGUCAGGUAGGGACAAGCAGUUCUUUAUUGGAUGACGAUACUUUGGUUAUGGGUAGUCCUGGUCCUUAUACUUGGCGAGGGACUUUAUUCGUCUCCGAUGCUAAAGAUGACCUUCUUGAACGAGACAAUACGGUCUACUUAGCUCCUGUAGAAGACGGACAAAGUCCUGUAGAGAAAUAUAGUUACUUAGGAAUGUCAGUAAUAGGUGCCAAGUUUUUUGACGCUAAAUCAUCAUACGCAGCUGGCGCCCCGCGAUCUCAUGGUACUGGUCAAGUCGUAUUCUUCAGCAAACGGGAAAUACAGAAUUGGACACUAACUAACGUCAAUUUUCUUGGACUAAAGCAUAUCAUAGAUGGAGAACAAUUUGGUUCUAGUUUUGGCUAUGAAGUCUCCGCGGCAGACGUUAACGGAGACGGAUUACCAGAUCUGCUAGUUGGAGCGCCAUUCUAUUUUUCUCGUGAUACAGGUGGAGCUGUCUAUUUAUAUCUCAAUAUGCAAUAUACUUUCAAAUCUAAGUACGACGUUAAACUGACUGGAAAACCGGAGUCUCAAUUUGGAAUUUCUAUAGCAAAUGCUGGAGAUUUAAACAAAGAUGGCUGUGAGGAUGUUGCUAUUGGCAGUCCUUAUGCAGGCAAUGGUAUAGUCUACAUCUACUUAGGAGACAGAAAGAAUGGUCUUAAUACUAAACCUGAUCAAGUGAUAGAAGCAGAAGAUUUACCAAGAUACAUGAAGACAUUCGGAUAUUCGCUCUCAGGUGGAACAGAUUUGGAUGGUAACGGAUAUCCAGAUUUGCUGGUUGGCGCUUAUGAAAAUAGUAGCGUUGCACUAAUUCGAACCAGACCAAUCAUCGACAUUCAGACUUGGGUAGUGCCAAAAAUCGUAAACAUUGAUCCAACGCAGCAAAGCUGUGAUAAAAACCCCGAAUCGAACAAUACCUGCUUUUACUUCCAAGCAUGUUGUAUUAUCAGAUCUCUAGUGGAAUCUACUGAAAAUAAAAUACACAAACUGAAUUAUGUAAUAGAAGCGGAAACAUUUGCGAAUGAAAGGAAAUUCUCUAGAAUCUUCUUUCAUUUUGAAAAGACGAAUAUAGUAAACGGAACUAUAAUACUUGGCAAAGAUAUAGAAUAUUGUAUUGAACAUAUUGCAUAUUUGAAGAAUAAUACGAGAGAUAUUCAGACGCCUAUAAGAAUUCGUCUCACAUACAUACUUGAGCACGUGCAGCCACAGUACUCCACGUAUGGGGUACUGCCCAACAUCGACGAAUAUCCUGUACUGAACGCUACCGCUACCACUACAUUCAGUGCCAGUUUCCUGAACGACUGCGGCGAGGACGGCAUUUGUAAUAGCGACCUCGUUGUAUACCCUGUACUCUUGCUUCCUAAAGCUGACGAUAAGUCAUAUGCUUUAAUACUGGGUGAAGAAGAGGAAAUAAAACUAGCUGUCGAUGUAAACAACAAUGGUGACUCCGCGUACGAAGCGCAACUGUUCGUACAACACAGCCCUAACUUGCAUUACAUAGCUGCCAAUAUUACUGACAAACGCUUAAUCUGCGGCAGUGUAAACAAGACCCUUGUAUCAUGUAUGCUUGAGAAUCCUUUUAAGCAGCAGCCAGAAGGCACGCCACCUAUUAUCCUACGGUUUGAUGCUCGAGCGUUAGAAGACAGUGACCCGUCAGUUUCGUUCACCGUUUGGGCAAACUCCACUUCCAAGGAAUUGUACCCAGACAAAACUCCAGAAGAAGUGAAAGCAUUAGUUAUAAAGAAUGCUGAGUUGCCGAUACAUGGUGUCGCGCGUCCCGAACAAGUAUUCUAUGGCGGAGAGGUGAAGGGCGAGUCAGCCAUGACUUACUUCGACGACAUUGGACCCGCUGUUGUACACACGUAUCAGGUUAGCAAUGAGGGACGAUGGCGCGUGCCGGCGGUGCAAGUACGUAUCAAUUGGCCGCACGAAGUUCAAUCCAACGAACCUCGGGGCAAGUGGCUGCUCUACCCAGAAAACAUCACUGCUAUCGAUGAAGAAACUGGUCAUAUUCAUGGUAAAUGCUUUGCACAAGAGGAUGAAUUAAAUCCUUUAAAAUUGAAAUCACGACCCGGUCUCGCGGAACCACUUUUAGAAAAUCUAAAAAUGGACCCAAUGCUUAAGUCCGGAAAACAUGCAAUGAGGUCAAGUGAUAGAAGACAUAAUUAUACUAAAAAGGCGUACUCAUACUCCAGUGCUGUGGAAAAUAGAGUCAGAAGAAGAAGGGCUUCUGACAUUGUGGCUACAGCUGAGGCGUAUAAUGAUGAUGGGCAAAGAAAAUAUAUUGAGACAAUGAGUUGCGCAAAGAAGACAGCGAAGUGUAUAUUGUUUCAAUGCAUCAUAUACCCUCUGGCUCGGAAGCAGUCGGUAUCUAUAACCAUAAGGGCGCGAUUAUGGAAUUCUACGUUAAUAGAAGAGUACCCACGCGUCAGUUAUGUCGGUAUAGUCUCGUCCGCUUCAGUCGAUAUACCUGAUCAUUAUAAUAUAUAUCAGGUCAGCAGUGACAACACAGCUACCGUGGUGACGAUAGCAUAUCCGGACUUGCAGAUAAGUAAGGCAACAGAAGUUCCAUUAUGGGUGAUCAUAAUAUCUGUAAUCAUCGGACUCAUAGUUCUUGUUCUUCUCAUAAUAUUUCUAUGGAAACUUGGCUUCUUCAAACGCAGUCGGCCAGACCCCACGCUCUCGGGUAACUUGGAGAAGAACAAUCACGAAGCAAGUCCAUUAUUUGACCAUAAUAGAUAGACUUCAUUUACCCAUUUAUUGUGGACAUUAUUGUGCAUAUUCGGUUGUCCCAUUAAACUAAAUUAGGUUAAAAUUCAUGUCACCUUUUUGAUCCCACUUAGUUAAUUAGAGGAGAUGGAUAUACAACUUGUAGCAAGUUGUACCAUCUCAAAAUAAUUUAUUUUAAUUUAAUGGUGCAUCAGAAUUGAGACUAUUGUCUAAAUGUAUACUGUGUAGAUAUCGAAAAUGAUACUUUAUAAGUAUUGAUUUUUAUAUGUUUGUUAGGGGAUAUGUUUAGAUGUCUAACAUCAUAGUCUUAGAGGUAUCGAAUACCAAACAUAUCUAUAUCAAAAAAAUUAAAAAUUCUAUGUACUCUGUAGAAUUAUUAAAAUCGACGAAAUUCUUACAAUUUUGAUAAAUAUCAAAAGUCGUAUUUAUUUAGGUAUUGGACCUAUUCUUAUAGGGUCGUUUUACUAUUGAUGUAUUAUCGAACUAAAAAAUCAAAAACUUUACAUUAACUGUUUAAUAUUGCUGUUUUAUACUAAUAUUAAUUCUAAAA